UCUGGCUACGGGGAAAGGGGGCGGGGCCUGAAACCGAUGCCGGUGGGCGCGGUUUCUGUCUGUCAAUCACAUUGGCUCAACAGAGACGCAGAGAAGGCUGAGAGGAUUCGGCAGAGCUUUAUUGUAAGUGUGAGGAAGAGCGAGAGACGUCUGCACCAUGAGAGCCUGCGUCCUCCUGCUGCUGGGGCUGCCUGUCCUGAUGGCACAGCAGACAUAUGACUACAGGGAGAUCCCGACUGAGUACGAAAUUCCAGAGUUCUCACCACAGCUGCAAGCAGGUCAGACCAGGAUAGACCUUCAGACGGAACCCACAGAACCCGGACCACUGGACUGCCGUGAGGAAAAGUAUCCCUGCACCAGACUCUACUCCGUCCACCAGCCGUGUAAACAAUGUCUCAACAACAUGUGUUUCUACAGUCUGCGCAGAGUGUACGUUAUUAAUAAGGAGAUCUGUGAGAGGACUGUUUGUGCCCACGAGGAGCUGAUCAGAGCCGAUGUGUGUCGUGAUCAGUUCCCGCGCUGUGCUGUUGCGGCUCUGACUGGUCAGUGUGGCGCUCUAGGGGGCAGCUGCGGAAAAAGCUGUGGAGGCUGUUAAAGACGUGCGCACACACGCAUACACACGAAAACACACACACACACACACACACACACACACACGUCUUACCUGAGCAAAUACUGUUCACUAUAAGCUAUAAACCUCCCUCAGAUUUGUAAACACCUCCUUACCCAAGUCCAAACUCACCUCCACUCGUUUACUCUUCACACAUCUUCAUCUUCCUCAGAAACCCCUCACACGCGCGUGUGUGUGUGUGCUUGUGCGAGUGGUUCAGCCCACACCCGCCGCCGUUAGACAAACGGAGAUGCUGUAUAAUUAUACUGAAGCGUCUCUCGUUGUGUGUCUCUGUGUGAACAGAUGAAGUUAUAUAAGCCUGUAUUUACGUUUGUACUCCUUUUAUAAAUCCUUACGACUGUUAUGACGUCACUGGUGCUGUAGAACCCGGUGCUGUGGAGGCUGACGGAGAGCACAGGAACAGCUGGAGGAACUUUUAUCUUUUAAAACUUGUUACUGUAAAACUGUACCGCUCCGUACUGUCGUGCUGUUAUUGUUGUGUUGCGUUCUGUUUGUUGUCGAGCUUGGCAUAUAACUGCUUUUGUUUAUAUCCUGAUCCCGGACCAGAGCUAUACUCAGUUUUCACCGCUCACCGGCUUCAUUAUGAUCCUAAUGAUACACACGCUACAGCAGCUCCUGAGGCGUUAGAAACACCUGAUCAUCACCACAAUGCAGAGUCCAAUCACAGUCCGACGCAGAGUCCACCCAUAACGCAAAAUCCUGGAAUUGCUUUGGAUUCAGGAACGCUGCUCGGAUUCUGCUCCUUCUUACAAAGUGUACAUCUCUGCAAAUAAACAACUCAAUAAAUACUUUUUAUACCACGAAA